AUGCCCAAAGAGUAUAAAGCUGAGUUGGAGAAGGAUAACUAUCAUCUUCGAGAUGCAUUACAGAUAGAGGAAAUCCAAGAUCUCAAUAAAGACAUAGAGCAUCUUGAGAAUACUUCAAAUAAGGAGAUAGCAGAGUUAAAAUCUGAAAUCUCCAGUCUAAAAAGUCAGCUAUAUCAAGCUAAGAAGGAUGUGCAAAAUAAGGAACAAUAUAUCUCUACCUUAGAAGAGCGAUUGAAUGAUAGUAUUCCAGAUUUUUUAGUAAAACUUAGAUUAUAUUUGCAAAAUCAAGAUGUAAAUCCAGCAGAUAAUGUGGGAGGUCCACCUACAGGAAGAGAAGUAGCUAUAGGAUAUUUGAAAGGAUGUAUGAGAGGAAGAGCCUUAGAAUGGUUUGACGAAGAAAUUACUACAAAACAGAAUUGGAAAUUAGCAAACUUAUUUGAUAAUACAGGGCAGAAUAACUUAGUAGCAGUAAACGGGUGA